AGGUCAACAAUCAAUUGGGUGCCCUUCGAAGGGCAAUGGGUGGAGGAAAAAGCGGUCGUUGUAAACAGCAGGGAAAGGGAAAGAAGUGGCGGAAAAUACUUUAUGAACGGCAGCCGUUUGAAGAUGAAUACAGUGGCGGUAGUGAGUUUCUGAAGGAGCUGAGAACGAAUAGUGAGUUUGCUCUAAGCAAUUUCCUGUUCUUCUCUGAAUGAUUUGCAGUGCCACCCCGAUUCCUCACCGUGGUAUACAGGAAAUGCGCUCCUGGAUUGGACAUUGAAUUUUAUCGACACUUUUCAAGUUCCGUACAAUCCCUUCACAAUCUAACCAGUGCGAUAAUAUACUACUGACAUUUUGAUUAUGUUUCGGUUCUGGCCACUGGGUAUUUUAUGGGUACAGUUUCCAGACAGUAGACAAGCUAAAUUGAAAUAAGAAGCUUGCAAAUAUUUCCGAGUUUAAAUUUCGACUUACAGCAAUCGGAUAAAUCAGAGCAGUAUGGAUGGGCCUCGUUGAAAGUAACCGUGGUGGAAUACUCAUUUGUGGAAGCAGUAUGUGGUGCUAGUCUUGUCAUGCUUCACUCCAAUGCUAUUAUAUUUUAUUACUUGGUGUUCGAUUCCAUUAAAAACAGUUCCAUAAGUUCCGUCCAGCAUUUUUCUUUGAUAUUCGCUAUUGCCUUGGUUCUAUACACCGUCUAUUUGUAUAUGAUCAGACCAAGAAAUCUUCACGAUCACUUUUACACUUUCAUCAUACUUCUUUGUUUUGGCUAUGUCUUGACACCUGUUAUUAGGACACUAACGGAUACAAUUAGUACAGAUACCAUAUAUGCUAUGUCUUUCAUACUUUUUCUCACGAGCUUUAUUUUCCAUGACUACGCGAUGGUUGCGCCAUUGGUUUCAACGAUAUUAUCGGUCAAUCUUUCUUUGGCAGCUUCGGUUUGUUUGGUUUCACGGGUAUCAUCGAAUGAGUCUGCAUUUGGCCUUCUAGCUCUUUCCAUGCUCCUUUUCUCAUACUGGCCACAAAUGCGUAAUGUAUUAUAUAGGAAAUGGUCGAAAUCAGCAUUAUUCCUGGUCAUUUUCUCUUCUCCCCUCCUCUUCAUUGCACUACAUCAGCUUUCUCACUCACUCAGUGUCCUAUACGUACUCGUACUAACGUUUGUUCUCCUAAUGUGCCCAUCGAUCUUGAUGAUAAUGCAACCUUGGAAAAGUACAAAACAUGGACCAUGGGACGAGGCAAUAGCAACCUUCGAGCGAUGA